AUGACUACUCAGCUUAACUCAUCGUGCGGUAGGGUCGAUAGCCGAGUGUGCCACUUUUUCUGGCGAUCAACGCUGAUAGCCUACCCCCUAUCACUGAUUGCACAAGCCGGAUCAGUGUGGACCUGUGUCGUUAUUGCGUUCGAUCGUUUCAUAGCUGUAUUUAGGGUUUGGGCUACUCCGCAAACGUCAACGACUGUUAUCUGCGGAGUGGCUCUUUUCAGUUUACUCUUCAAAUUGCCCGCCUUCUUCGAAAUUAUUCUCGACGACUCCGGUCAAAUCACGCCCUCAUCAUUACGGCUUGAUCCCACGUAUCAAUUAAUAUAUAUGACCUAUAUGUAUGUGAUAUUUAUUCUGCUGAUACCAUGGACGUGUAUUAUCGUGGUCAAUGCGAUCGUCAUUCAGAAGGUACGUGAAGCCUAUCGAACGCACAAACAGCUGACUCAAAGUAACACCCGGACGCGAAGGGACGUUGACGAGAGAAAGUGA